GGGGAUCGAGUUGAAGAGGUGUGGCAGAGGAAAGGGGCCGGCAGCUGUCCACCCCCCCGGCCCCACCCCCCCUCCUCGUUCUUUCCGAUCGUCAGGCUCAGCCGCUUCCACUCAGGGACUUUCAUUCUCCAGCCCUCCCCGCUCCUCCUGGAUGAGCCUCUCUCCGCUCGGAAAGCCGCCGGCAUGCUUCCCUGGAGAAGGAGCAAGUUCGUGUUGGCCAAGAAGGACAAGAAGACCAAGGGGGUCAGCUACUCCUCCCUGCUCUCCUCCUUCGUGCGCUCCUGCCCCGACCUCCUGCCCCAAACCCCCCUGGCGCGCCUGGGCAAGGUCUUCGGCGCCAGGAGGCAGAAGGUGGAGCUGAACAGAGACGACCCCUCGUACACCGUGUGGUACCUGGGCAACGCCGUCACCCUCCGCGCCAAGGGGGAGGGCUGCACGGCGGACGUGGUGGACAAGAUCUGGGAGAAGAGCGAAUUCGGAGGGUACAGCACCAAGAUGAAGCUCUCUCUGGGCUCCCACGGCAUCAGGAUGACCCCCUGCCGGAAAGGCGCCAGGAAGACGGCCCACGCCUACCUCCUGCACCGCAUCACCUGCUGCCUGCAGGAGACCCGCCACCCCAAAGUCUUCUCCUGGGUCUACCGGCACCAGAUCAAGAACAAGGCGGUGGUGCUGAGGUGCCACGCCGUGCUGGUGUCCAAGGCGGAGAAAGCCCAAGCCAUGGCGCAGACCCUUUGCCAGACCUCCCUGGCGGCCUUCAAGGAGUUUAAGAGGUUCAAGAGGCAGAGCGACUUCAGGAGGGAGCAGCAAGAACUUUUGGGGGACUUGGUGGUGCCCAUGAUGCCCCUGAGGAAGGUCCUCAAUGGCACCUGCUCCUAUAACCCUCCUUCGGAGAGAAGUAAGACCGUGCCUAGGCUCAGCUCCAUCCUAGAGGAAGAGGAGGACGCUGAGGAAGAGAGGACAGACAGGCGCAGGACCCCCGUCCUCAUCAGGGACCACUUCAUUUCCCACCAGCAGGAGAAGGACGCUAUUCUAGAACUGGCCCAGGAACUGAGGAGACUGAGCAUCCAACGGGAACUGGCCAAAAAAAUCCAAUUCAUGUCCACCACACACAUCCCAGACUGGAAGUGGGCGCUACAGACUAUUUGUUGACUCUGAACUUUUUCGUGAC